AUGUCCACCCUGACCGUCGACCCGCCAGCUGGAGCCGUGCCCGCCGCAGGAGGAAAAGUCACCCACACAUUGGCCAACGGAGGUGCCGCCAAAGUCGUCUUCAAGGUGAAGUCAUCGAACAACACCGAAUACCGCUUGACCCCGGUUUUUGGCUUCGUUGAGCCGGGAGCCCAGGCCCCCGUUGAAGUGACGCGUCUCGCCGGCCCACCCAAGGAGGACAAGCUGGUCAUCGAGUACGGUGACGCCCCAGCUGAUGCCGCUACCCCCCAGGACGCCUUCAAGGGAGUCGCUGCCCCACAGAAACUCACCGUCCCGAUCAAGGCCGAA